AUGGCUGGCGACGAGGACUACGAACACUGGCCAGACGGCAGCAUCCGCUUCACACAACCAGCAGUCGCACCACCCGCACCCACCAACAACCUCCCACCUCCACCAGAAGCUCCAAAAUACUCACCAGCCCUUCCACCUCACUUCCUGCAGCAACCCCAACCAGUCUACUACGCCCACCCUCCCUCGGCCAUGACUUACCCGCAACCACAGUACUACUCUCACCCACCUCAGAAUUACUACCCGGCUCAGUACCCACAGCCAGCGUACUACUCGUACAGCGCUCCAGCUCCUGCUCCUGCUCCUGCUCCUGCUCCACCGGCUCCAGCUCCAGCCCCAGCGCCUGCCAUGGCUGCGCCUCCAGCAAAUUACCACGUCUACCACCCAGCUAGCACGGAACCAAAGGCUGUGCCUGAUGCUCCUCAGGCCAACAUCUGGCUCGGUCGCACCAAAGAGCAGGUCGAGGAAGACAACAUGAAGAUUGCGAAGAAGCAGGGCGCGUACGACAAGCGCAAGAUGGCGCCGGUCGACGUCAAGGAUGAUCAAUUCUUUUGGGUUAUCGAGCUUGAUGGAAAGCCAACUCUUCGCGAGUGGCGCUUCAUCAAGACGAUCAAGGGCGACUGGAAGGAGGAUCCUCGCUACCCGGACGCCUACUACUUCGUCCGCGAGGAAGAGAAGAAGGACAAGAAGUAG